UAACACAUGGGUUGGAAGUGUGUGAAUGAAGUCAUAAAAAUGACAGACUCACACACACCGUGCUGUCAGCAGAGACUGAAAAGGACCUGGUGCUUCAUACCAGGUUAAAGGCAGUCGCAGGAUUUUACCGUUUUUUUUUAAAUACUAUAAUGUUUGAUAAUAAAUGUUUAAUUUUUGGCCCACAAAAUCAUACAAUGUAGUCGACUUAAAUCUAUAUUAAAAUACAGCAGAGACUAGAUAAGCAUUUCGUAUUUUAUUUAAAUAUUUUAAACAAAAAAAUAACGUUAUUUCCACUGUUUUUGUAACUGCAGCCAUAAAUCUGGCCUUGACUGACGUGUAGACAUGAAUCCGCUUUAGUCCAAUGCCUCUGUUCGCACUGAAUCGUGCAAACCGUGAACGCAUCAUUCCCACAUGAGCGUGAUUAAAAUGAUAAUCGCGAUGAUGAUGAUUAAUAACCGCUGGGGGGAAAAGGCCUUCACAAAACACAGACACACAACAGACGAACAGUUUCUGACAUGUUUAAUUAAUAUUCAUGGAUUUUUUUAAAAAAUAAAAUGUUUCUAUGUCUUUCGUAGUUCUCAUUCCAAAACCGUAUUUUCAAUUCGCCAACACGAUUUCUGAAUAUUUAUUAAAAACGCAAAUAGCAAAUAAAAAUGAAGAAUGUCAUUUUUACGCGUGUCCAUGCAUCCACGCGUCACCGCGCUGCAGUUUUCCACCUUCCCUCUUCACAUCUCGACCUCGUGUCCGUCACAAACGACACUUUCAAACCAAAACACAACCACUCGUUCGCUUUAAAGUCUGCACUGGUGUCACAGUCUAACACGCAGCAGCGCCAGUAAACAAUAAACAGUCCAAAAGCCGCACAAACACAAACAACUGCUGCUCCAACUCCGUGAGUACAACUUUUUGGAGUCAACAGCGCUGGAGAGAGUGAGGGGGCGGAACCCUGCUGAGACCCUGCGCUGAACGACAGCCAAUCGCUUCGUUCCCUUAACUGCCAGUCACCGAAAUCCAUCCAAUACCCGCAGUGCCAUUUCUAAACUGUAUUCCCCACUGUGUCCUCCAACUGUUGUAUGUUCUGCCAAUCGCUUGAGGACAGAGUGGGGAAAAGGAGCAAGCAGAGUUAGACGCCGGACAAAAGAACUUAUAGGGCCACCCCCCUAUAUCCACAUUUUCCUAAUGUUUUAGAAAGAGCACAAAAAAACAAUCGCGGUGAGUGCGGAUGGACUUGUCAGAGUAGUUAUGGAACCCCCUUUAAGCAAGAGGAAUCCUGCGAUAAGAUUAGCGGAUUUGGCAGCGACUCAGACUCUUCCUCAUCAGAAUAUGACAGGCUUCCCGGGGCUAGGAGGGCAUCACCCGCUCUCCCAUCAUGCCCACCUCCACCCUGGGGAGCUGGGCAACGACCCCGGAGUGGCACUCACUCCAUUUGGACCAGAGCACAUGGCACAGACUGCUAAUGCUCUCAAACUUAGCCCCACUCAGCACAUCCAGAGCCAUCCCGAAGCCCAGACCGCGGCAUCUUUCACUUCCACUCAGACCACAGUUGGUUUCCCCGUGGCUCACCCCCACUCAGGCUACUCAAGCAGCAGGGACUUCAUCCUCAGGAGAGAACUCUCAGCCUCUGCUAUGCAUGCACUUGGCGACCAGCAUAGUUCCGCCUCCUCCCCUCAUCACCAUGGCAUGUUCAUCUCCCCAACAGGUGCUUAUGGGCACACGGAAAGUGCAGGGGCCCAUUCACUUUUCACUGGACUUCACGACCAGGCGUCCCCGGGUGCCCACCAUCACCACCAUCACCCACACCACCAUGCCCUGAACGGCCAGAUGCGCCUGGGCAUACCGGGCGACAUCUACGGCAGGCCGGAGCAUUUCGGACACAGGCCGGAGCACUAUGGACCUUCUUCUCUCCACAGCUACAACUCCAUGAACCUCAAUGUGAACAUCGCUUCUGCUCCUCACGGAGCGGCGGGGGCGUUUCUGAGGUACAUGCGGCAGCCCAUCAAGCAGGAGCUGAUCUGCAAAUGGAUCGACCAGGAGCAGAACCAGAAGAAGCCCUGCUCCAAGACCUACAGCACCAUGCACGAGCUGGUCAACCACGUCACCGUGGAGCACGUCGGCGGACCGGAGCAGAGCAGCCACGUCUGCUUCUGGGAGGAAUGUCCACGAGAAGGGAAAGCGUUCAAAGCAAAGUACAAACUCAUCAACCACAUCCGAGUUCACACGGGAGAAAAACCCUUCCCGUGUCCGUUCCCCGGCUGUGGAAAAGUCUUCGCUCGGUCGGAGAAUUUAAAGAUUCACAAGAGAACUCACACAGGAGAAAAACCCUUCAAGUGCGAGUUCGACGGCUGCGACCGCAAAUUCGCCAACAGCAGCGACCGCAAGAAACACUCCCACGUCCACACCAGCGACAAGCCCUACUACUGCAAGGUGCGCGGCUGCGACAAGUCCUACACGCACCCGAGCUCGCUGCGCAAACACAUGAAGGUCCACUGCAAGUCUCCACCACCCACAUCCACCAACGUCACCUACAUCUCCCCCAACAACCCGCUGGGAGAGCCGCUCUCUCCCGGCGCCGAGAUACCGGCGCACAGGAACCGGUCCUCGAACCUCUCCCCUCAGGUCACCAACCUGAACGAGUGGUACGUGUGCCAGGGCAGCGGAGGACCCAACCACCUCCACACCCCGUCCAGUGACGUGCCCACCACGGAUUCAGAGGACGAGGAGUCCUUCAGGGGCCCAGACCCGAGGACGAUGCUCUGAUGGCCCGGCUCACGGACACCUGACUGUGUUGGUCGGCUGGUUAAUGAUUAAUCCACUGAGCCAAUAUGACUUAUUUCAUGAAAAUGCCUCUGAUGUGACCACUCGCCUGACCAAAACGCUGACCACAACCUUUAUAGAUUUAUUUUAUUAUUACUCCGUAGCACUAAACGUAACGAAUGUGAGGUUCAAAAUUCUCUCGUCGUAAAUUUGUUUGGAGGAAAAUCUGUUUCUACGGAAGAGGAUUAGGGACACCAGGGGGUUAGGACGUUUCCUCACAUUUGACUCUUUAUAUUGUUUAUUAUUAUGUAUAUUGAAAAUCUAAUUUUUAAUAUGUAGAAGAGUAAAACGUUGACUUUAAUCUUAGAUUUUGCUCUUCCUUCUUGACAUUUUGAAAUUUUAACUGAAGUAUUAAAAUACAAAAAAAAAAAAAA